GUUGGAAAUUACAAGCGGACAGUGAAGCGCAUCGAUGAUGGAUACAGACUUUGUGGCGAUCUUAUGAACUGUAUUCAUGAGCGUGCAAGAAUAGAGAAGGUUUACGCUCAACAGUUAACCGAAUGGGCAAAACGAUGGAGGCAACUUGUAGAAAAAGGGCCACAGUAUGGGACCGUUGAAAGAGCUUGGCAUGCAUUUAUGUCUGAAGCGGAAAAAGUAAGCGAAUUACACCUAGAAGUAAAAAGUGCUCUAAUGAACGAGGAUUUCGAAAAGAUUAAGAACUGGCAGAAGGACUCCUUUCACAAGCAAAUGAUAGGUGGAUUUAAGGAAACUAAGGAAGCGGAAGACGGGUUUAGGAAGGCUCAGAAACCAUGGGCUAAAAAAUUAAAAGAGGUGGAAGCUUCUAAGAAGGCACAUCAUACAGCGUGCAAGGAAGAAAAAAUUGCCGUCUCCAGAGAGGCUAAUAGCAAAGCGGACCCAGCGCUGAAUCCAGAACAACUGAAAAAAUUGCAGGACAAAAUUGAUAAAAGCAAACAGGAUGUGCUUAAG